AUGGCCGCGGGGCCGCCCGGCAGCCGCCGCCUCCUGCCGCUGCUGCUGCUGCUGGGGCCGGCGCUGGGGCCGGCGCUCGGCCAGGGCCUGGGGCAGACGCGCUUCAUCUGCACCUCGGUGCCGCUGGACGGGGACGUGUGCGCCGCCUCGGCGCUGGGCACCGGCUCUGCCGAGGAGCUGAAGGGCACCGUGCUGCAGCUGCGGGAGACCGUGCUGCAGCAGAAGGAGACCAUCAUGAACCAGAAGGAGACGAUCCGCGAGCUCACCGCCAAGCUGGGCCGCUGCGAGAGCCAGAGCGUGCUGGAGCUGCCCGGCGAGGGAAAGGGCAGGAAGGGCUUUUCCAAGAACACCAUGGGCGACCUGUCGCGGCCGGCCGCCGCCGAGACCCUCAGCCAGCUGGGGCAGACGCUGCAGUCCCUGAAAACCCGGCUGGAGAAUCUGGAGCAGUUCAGCAGGAUGAACUCCUCCAGCCAGACCAACAACCUGAAGGACAUCCUGCAGAACAAGAUCGAUGACCUGGAGAAGCAGGUGCUGUCGCGGGUGAACAGCCUGGAGGAGGGCAAGCUCAGCCCCCGCAACGAGUCCGAGGAGCGCGGCAAGAUCGAGAGCACCCUCACCUCGCUGCACCAGCGCAUCAGCGACCUGGAGAAAGGCCAGAAGGACAACCGGCCCCCGGACAGGUUCCAGCUCACCUUCCCCCUGCGCACCAACUACAUGUACGCCAAGGUGAAGAAGAGCCUGCCCGAGAUGUACGCCUUCAGCAUCUGCAUGUGGAUCAAAUCCAGCGCCUCCCCCGGCAUGGGCACCCCCUUCUCCUACGCCGUGCCCGGGCAGGCCAACGAGCUGGUGCUCAUCGAGUGGGGCAACAACCCCAUGGAGAUCCUCAUCAACGACAAGGUGGCCAAGCUGCCCUUCGCCAUCAACGACGGCAAGUGGCACCACAUCUGUGUCACCUGGACCACGCGGGACGGCGUGUGGGAAGCCUACCAGGACGGCACGCAGACGGGCAACGGCGAGAACCUGGCCCCCUACCACCCCAUCAAACCCCAGGGCGUCCUGGUGCUGGGCCAGGAGCAGGACACGCUGGGCGGCGGCUUCGACGCCACGCAGGCCUUCGUGGGGGAGCUGGCCCACUUCAACGUGUGGGACCGCAAGCUGAGCCCGGGGGAGGUGUACGGCCUGGCCACCUGCAGCUCCAAGGCACUCGCGGGCAAUGUCAUCGCCUGGGCCGAGGCCAACAUCGACAUCUACGGCGGGGCCACCAAGUGGACUUUCGAGGCCUGUCGCCAGCUCAACUAGGGCCACGGACAAGCGAGAGAAACCUCCUCAGCGGGUUCUUUUAUUUAUUUGUUUUUUUCCUCCUUCUUUUGCGCAAAAACAACCGAGAACGAAGCGACCCGACUCGUCCCGGGAGCAGGGAUGCCCCGGCAGCGGGGCGCCCGCCCCCGGAGCCCCACGACCCUCCGGUUUCUGUCUUGCCAACGUCCUUCAACGCCUGCGUGCCUUGGCCUGGCGCGGCUGCGCCCCCCCGCCGCCCCCCGGCCCGGCCCCCGCUUCGCCGCCGCUUCCCUUGGGCACCGGCCCCUGAAAAGGCUGCGGGGCCCGGCCCAGAGCCCCCCGGGGGCUCCUCUCUGUGCAGCCUGACCCCCGGCAGGGUGCUGCCCCCAAAGCUGGGGGAGAGUUGCAACAUCCCCCCCACCCCAGCUGCGCUCCAUUCCGGGGCUGGGACUCCGAGGAGGGGCGACCCCUCCGCUGCCAGCCCCGGGAGGAGCCGCCCCCCUGCCCCGGGGAGCCCCGCGCCCCUCCCCGGCCGGCGCUGCCCCCGAGCACCACAGCCAUAGCCCCGGGCUGCGGCGGGCACCGGGGCGGGACCCCCGGCGGGACCCCCCGGCCCCGCUCCCCGACCUGCCGCACUCAGGUACCCCCGGCCCCGCCGCCUGCAGCCCCCCGAGGCUCCUACGCGCCGUAGCUGGUGACAAAUAGCCUUUACCGUCCCCUCCGGUCCAGCUCCCACUGACAGGUCUGAAGCCUUUCUGCUUUUGAUAAUACACUCUUGUUUCUCUUACUGUAAG